CCUUUAAAUUGUGCAGCCUUUGGAAUCGUUUUCAUUUCAGUUUCAUAAAUGAGUCUUGUGGAAUCUGGAAAUGGGUUCAAGUCGGCGACCGCAACAGGAGCGAUACUGGAGAGCAGCAACUGGUUCGUUCGCCUCGCCGGUGCUGCUGCUGCUGCUACACCUACAACCGACGGAGGAGAACGGGCUGACCGACACAAUUCACGUGUAAUCUCGGUGGAAUAACGCGCGUUGAGCUGCUUUUACACCUUUUUACAGGCUUUACAAUACUUGGAGAGCAGAUCUUCUUCGCCAAUGGCAAGUCCGGUUGCAGACAUAGGACAGUCUCAUCAGCAUCACCCUGUGACCGACUCGGCCGCAGACUCAGCGUUUCAGGAGGCGCAGACAUGGAUAGAGGCUGCGACAGGGAGAUGCUUUGGUGACAAGGACUUCAGAGGGGGUUUGGAGAAUGGGAUUUUGCUAUGCGAGUUGUUGAGCUCUAUUAAACCCGGCCUGGUGAAGAAAAUCAACAGACUUCCGACACCCAUAGCUGGCCUGGACAACCUCAGUGUGUUUCUGCGUGGCUGUGAAGAGUUGGGACUGAAAGGCUCCCAGCUGUUUGACCCUGGAGACCUGCAGGACCCGUCGGCACCGCCACAAAUGGGUUCUAAUCACCAUCUACUGGUUGGGUCGUGCUGCCAACGGCUGUACCUCCUACAACGGUCCCACGCUGGACCUGAAAGAGUUUGA